AUGCCGCCAGUGUCUGUAAAAGAUGUUACGAACAAAUCCCAAGAAGGAAUCAACCUUACAACAAAAUGGCAAAUCAUUCAAGUCAAACCAAAUUUAGAUGAGUUUUCUCAAGCAGGAAGGAGCACAUAUUUACGAGUGGAUCUUGAAGCAAUUUGGAACAACAUUCAGAUUUUAAAGGGGAAAUGUUCAGAGAAAACUGAAGUGAUAGCCGUUGUCAAGGCAAACGCAUAUGGACAUGGCAGUGUAGAGGUGGCCAGGUAUCUCAACAAGUGUGGGCUUUUUCAUUUUGCAGUGGCGACAGCCUUGGAAGGAAAAGAGCUGCGGGAAAAUGGUGUUACUGGCUACAUUCAAGUUCUUGGAAACUGUGUUGAAGAAGAAAUCAACAUGAUGUUGAAAUACAAUCUAACCCCCACUGCUACAAACCUUCAGUUUAUUAAGAAAUGGGCGGCCAGUAUAGCACAACAUUAUGAAAGAGUGCCUUCAAAUGGAAUGCUCAUUAAUGUUGAUACAGAUUGGGACAAACCAAAAGUUGUCAUUAAAGUUGAUACUGGAAUGUCAAGAAAUGGAUGCCAGUGUAAAGAACUCAAAAGUCUGAUGGAGGCAUGUGAAAAUAAUGGUAUCCCAGUCCACAGUAUCAUGACGCACUUUGCCCAGGCUUGGGAUGACCCUUUGUCUACACAGGAACAGCUAAAGAGAUUUCUAGAGGCCACCAAAUCAUACAGAUGCAUGGGGGUUAAAGUGCAUGCUGCCAAUUCUGCAGCUAUCAUGCAAGGGUAUGCCACAGAUCUAGACUUUGUAAGGCCAGGAAUAGCAAUGUAUGGACUGGCACCUGAACCUACCCCAGAAGCUGCAGCGAUGAUGCAAACUAUGGGCUUGCGUCCUGCCCUUGCCUGGAUAGCAAGACCUUGUUUAAUAAAAUCCCUAGAUGCAGGAAGGAAAGUUGGAUACAAUCAAGCUUACAGGUUAAAGCAACAAGAGAGAAUAGCAACGUUCAGUUUUGGUUAUGCUGAUGGUUACAACAGACUGCUCUCUGGAAAGGGAGUUUUAACAGAUGUCAGUGGAAAAGAAUAUGAGAUAGUGGGCAGAGUGUCAAUGGAUGCUGUAACCGUUCGUGUGGAUGACAGUGUAACAGUUCAAACACCCUUUUAUGUAAUUCGAGAUGACUACAACUCACCAAACUCAGCAAGUAACAUUGCACAGAUGCUGGAUACAAUACCAUAUGAAAUUGGAACCAGUCUGUCAAUACGACUCCCUAGAAUUUAUCACACAAAACAUAAGGAUAACUGA